CUGAUUUUCUUACUCUAUAUAGUGUUUUAUAUCAUGUUUAUAUUUCACUUUUAUGUCAUAAAUAACUUAUAAAAUAUGUAGUAUAUAAUUUAUUUAAAUAAAGAAUGUAUUAUUAAAAGUGAUAUGAAUAAAAAAUAAUUAGCUGAAUUAUGUUGCUAACGAGAUUAGGUGCUGUUCCGACUGCAUGAAAGCGUUGAUGAUUAGUUUUACGCAAGAUAGGCUUCGUAUAAGUGCGUAAUACUAUGUCUAAGUCAUAAUAGGCCUAACAGUAACACAAUACUGGGUUGUUUUUGUAUGCAACUUGCAAGUAUUAUUUCAAGCCAGUAUCUACAGUUAAAAUAACUUUGCCAGUUCGAAAGUAGGCAGUAAUUUUGGUAAUAACGAUAUAGGACUGAAGCUGAUAUUAACCCCGGGUUGUGUGCCUUUAUACUUAUAGCUUAUAAAGUUAUAUCGUUAAAUUAUGAUAUUUACAAAGUAACGUUUGAACUUCAAUUCAAUUCGUUUGGGCUGUUUAUGAAUCUGACUCAAGGCUGGCUGAGUUGGACACAAGCGUUCGUAGAGGCAAAGUUUCCGCGAAUAUUUCUAAUCUAACUCUUAAUAUCGUUGUUAUCUUAGUUAUAACUUGUAUUGCUUGCCUUAAAAUUAAAUUAAUGCUUACUUAUGUUAAUAUUAUUACUAUUAGUACUACUGCAUACUGAAGCUUUAUUGUAAACAAUGUAAUGAAGUAACAACUUUUAGUUUUAAUAAAUACUAGUUCAUUUGUGACAAGUUACCAUAUUUGUCAGUGUUACUGUUAACACUAAUGGUAAUAAUAGUUAAGUGUUACACAGUAAAACUAAACCUUAUGAUAACUAAGCAAAAGUACCCAUCCCAAAUGAUGGGAAAAGUGUAAGCUAAUCUAUCAAUUUAAAUUAUUUCAUGGACUUUAACAAGAUUAAUUGUGUUACACUCUUGGUUUCACUCAGAGCCAAAGCUCUGAGCUACUUAUACCAACCAACACGAAAAGUAAUUGUUGAGCAUUUCAGUCAUGCUAUGAGCCACUCAACAAUAUCAUAUGGAAAAUUUCCUGAGAUGCUCCAUUACUGAAGAGGUGGUUUCAUGUAACCCUUUAAUAGUGACUUUCACAUGGUAAACUUCAGAUGCUAAAGAAUGGGAAGGAGAAAACAUUAAAACUUCAGCAGAAUAACAAGACAUGGCUCAUCACCAAAAUUUCAUGUAUCCACAUGUGACACAACAUGAACAACGAGUUGGUAAUGCCAGACAACACCGAGUUAGUGGCAUUCAACAACUUUGGAAGUCAUAUUUAUUUCAACUUCAGAGUCAGGCACCUACUCCAAAAAGAAUAGUGUGUACCCGAGAAGUUCUUUAUAGACCUCUUCAUUAUGGAAGAGAAUUUCAUGGAAGAAUUUCAAGGGAAGAAGCAGACUUUUUACUUCAGGAAGGGAAUGGCUGUUACCUUGUACGAGAAAGCCAAAGAGCACACGGCCAGUAUACAUUAGGUCUUAGGUUUGAAGGAGUGACAAAAAACUAUCGGCUGUAUUAUGAUGGCCAGCACUAUGUGGGUGAUAAAAAAUUUGACACCGUUCAGGACCUUGUUGCUGAUGGUUUGAUUACUUUGUACCUAGAAGCCCAUGCAGGAGAGUAUAUUGCAAAGAUGUGUGUUCAGUCCAGGUAUGAACAGAGUCCCUAUGUAACAUUGAACUCAUACAAAAGGAAGCUUCGGAAUAUUAAGAGUGAAAAGCGACGAUGUAUUUCACGUCAGGGAAGCAAAAGUAAUAGCCUAAAAUCAGCAAGUGGUUCUGAAGAUGGAGUUGUUAGUCAAGUGUCUUCUAUGGAUGGUUCCAUCACUGGUGAUCUUAAUGUUCAUCAUUUUGAAAAGCCCCAUAACUUUAAGACCCACAACUUUAAAGGUUUUCCUUGGUGUGAUUUGUGUGGAAAUUUCAUGUGGGGGAUUAUUGCACAAGGUUUGAAGUGUGAAGAUUGUGGAUUCAGUGCCCACCGAAAAUGUUCAGAAAAUAUUCCCAAUGAUUGUCUCCCAGAUUUGAAAUAUGUGAAAAGAGUGUUUGGCAUGGAUCUCACAACUUUAGUCAAGGCCCACAAUACACCAAGACCCUUUGUAGUUGAUUUGUGCAUAAAAGAAAUAGAAAACAGAGGGAUGUAG